AUGGUGGUGCCAACACAUUUUAUUCUAUUAUCUAUAAUUUCUCUAUCAUUAGUUUCAUGUCUGAAAGUUGUGUCUACCAGUUAUGGUAGACUUCGAGGUAUCACAGAAUGGUCAGACGAUUCAAAUCAUAAAUAUAUUUUCAAGAGUGUCCCAUUCGCGAAACCACCAUUAGGUAAUCUAAGAUUUUCACCACCUCAUCAACCAGGGUCGUGGGCAGGAGUAUUGGAUGCAUCUAGAUAUAGCCCUGCUUGUAUGAGCAAUUCCACUCAAACCAGCCACCCGCAAGAUUCGGUCAGCGAGAAUUGUCUGUAUAUCAAUAUCUUCACCAGUGAACAAUGUUUGAAGGACAAGUGUCCUGUAAUUGUCUAUUAUCAUGGCGGGGCGUUCAAUUUAGACUCGGCUACUAUGUUUCCCGACAAGUUCAUACUUGAUAGAUACGUCUCGGAGGGAGUGAUCUUUGCGAUACCCGCAUUCCGGUUAGGCGUUUUCGGACAACUGUACUUUGGUCCCAGUAAUGUUUUAACAGAGAAUUUAUUGGUUUUUGAUGCCGUGCAAGCAUUGAGUUACGUGCAUAAUGAGAUUGAAAAUUUUGGUGGAGACCCAACGAGAGUCACAAUAAUGGGACACUCUUCUGGAGCAACACUGGUCGAUGUUUUAGGAUUUUCCAAAUUGAUAGACCCUGAUAAGAAAAUGUUCCAGCAAAUUAUAGCUCUCAGCGCUCCAGGAAUGUUUGGAUUUUACGACUUGGUGGUUGAAAACUCGUUUGUUUUUGCUGAAAAACUAGGGUGCUACAGUGGUACACACGAGAAUCGUUCCAAUGCCAAUAUUGCUGAAAUUCUGUCAUGUUUACGAAAGAUUGACGGAUAUGAACUACUUCGAAUGCAAAGACAAAUGGAAGAACAGGAUGGGUUGAACUUCCGAAGCAUAAUAAGAGGAGCACCAUUUUUGGAGAUGAAUGGGAAGAUUUCAGAUUUAAAGAAGUACACUUCUCCAAGAAACUUGAUAUAUGGAACCACAGAGCACGAGUUUCGAACCAUUGAUUAUAGGAAUCCAUACAUUUCGGGUUGCUUCUUAGAUUUUGAAAAUCCAGUCGCAGUAGCUAAUCACUUUGAUGAUAUGAUACAGUAUCAUAUUGAUGAUUGGAUCAACGGAGAUACUGCUGGAAUUUUCAUCUCCGCAGCCACCUACUCUGCUGCUAUGGCUAGAGCUGGAGCCAACGUCUACCUUUUCGAGACUCGUCAACUACCAUACAGUUUCCAUGUAUCCGACAUGCAAUACUUUAUUGGGAUUCAUCGAGAAGUGUGGCAUUUCAAAGACAUGGAUAUUCUAGAUAGCUUCUAUUCUAGAAUGUUGGUGAAUUUUACGAAAACAGGCGUUCCCACACCAAAAUGGGAACCAUUAGACCCUGAACGUAUGAAUUACCUGGAACUCAAAGUUGACACGAAAAACAAGACUGGUCCAGUAAUGUUGGAAGGUUUUCAUGAUCAAGAGAUGCAGUUUUGGUUUGGAGACAUGAUGGAAUACGAUAGGAAUAUUACUAGACUGAGAAGAGAACAAGGACUUCCACCAGAGAGCCAUCAAGUCAGUGUUCAGCUCUUGUCCACAAAAAAGGCUAAGACCACAGUUAAAAUGAAAUACGAGCGUGACACCACGGAGGCUACAGUAGUCAAAACCACUAAGCUUACAGUAGUCAACAGUAAAACAUCAGCGAUCUUUCAGCAAUGGUGGUUCUAUUUGAUUAUUGCUCUAGUGGGUAUCCCAUUUGUUAAACCACCUCUAGGAGAUCUUCGAUUUUCUAUGCCUCAGAAACCAGAUAAAUGGGAAGGAGUUCUAGAUGCGUCCACAUAUAAAGCCGCUUGUCCUAGCAACUCUUCGCUUUCGGAGCAUGCACAAAACUUCAUUAGUGAGGAUUGUCUCUACAUCAAUAUUUUCACUAGUCAAUAUUGUUUGGUAACCAGAGAACCUCACAACAUAAUCAUUUUGAAAACUCUUUUUCAGAAAAACAAGUGCCCGGUGAUUGUGUAUUACCAUGGAGGCUCUUAUAAUUUGGACUCUGCCACUAUGUUUCCCGACAAGUUUAUACUUGAAAGAUACGUGGACAAAGGAACCGUUUUUGUGAUACCCGCAUACAGACUUGGAGUUCUUGGACAGUUUUGGCUGGGAGAUAAAGAAUUGGUGCCAGCUAAUUUAUUGGUCUAUGACGCCAUCGAAGCCCUGUACUAUGUGCAAGACGAAAUUUCGAAUUUUGGAGGUAACCCAAAUGAUGUUACAAUCAUGGGACACUCGUCUGGUGGGCAGCUUGUAAAUGCUCUUGGUGUUUCAAGCUAUGUAGAUCCCGAACAGGAGUUGUUCCAGAAGUUCAUAGUGUUAAGUUCUUAUGAGACUUUUGAGUUGGAACACUUCAAAAUCAAUAAUUCACUCAAUGUUGCGAAAAGAGUCAAUUGCUUUUCAAAAAACCAUCAGGAAAUUUUGAAGUGCAUGAGAAACACUGAUGUCAUGCAAAUAUUACAAGCACAGAGAACAAUGGAAGAUGAGGAUACUGCUUUUUUCAAGAGUUUGAUUCAAGCGCCACCACUGAUGGACUAUGGUGAAAAGCUAGCGGAAAUUAAGAAACGCGUGCCUCCAAGGAAACUGCUAUGUGGUGUCACGGAGCAUGAAUUUGAAAAAUAUCCAUAUAGAGAAGGCUUUCGUGUAGAAGGUGUCUUUUUGGAUUUCGAAAAUCCAGUGGAAACAGUUACAUAUUAUCACGAUAACUUUUUCAACAAAACCAGAAAUAUGUUUAAUACCGACUCAUCCGCCGUUUUUGUGUCUACCGCAACCUAUACAGAGGCUAUUGUAAACGCUGGAGGAGAAGUCUAUCUUUUUGAAACCCGUCAAAAACCGUACAGUAUGCAUGUUUCGGAUAUGCAGUAUUUUAUUGGAAUACAUAGAGAACUGCAUCAUACCUCUGAUAUGGACAUUUUGGAUUCUUUCUAUUCUCAAAUGCUGGUGAACUUUACAAAAUUCGGAGAGCCUUCCCCUUAUUGGAAUAAACUGGAUGCAAAAGAAAUGAAAUUUCUGGCACUGGAAAUUGAUACUGAAAAAGGAAUCGGUCCGAAAAUGGAAAACGGGUUUCAUAAGGAGUUGGUCGAUUUUUGGCUGGUAGAUAUGAUGGAACUAGACAAAAAUAUCACAGAACAGAAGCAAACCAAAGGAUCAGCCAACGGAGAAGCCAACGGAGAAGUGAACCCGACCCCAAUGCAAAUCAAUCUCACAACCCUUGGCAGUCCAAAUUCCACUGAAGUGAUUCUAGAAUCCACAAUUUUUAUCACAUAUGUUUCUCCAAUUCCACCUAGACAAACUACCUACGAUCCAAAGAUAGAUGAAGAUCAACCAGUGGAAGGAGAAAGUGCCCCUAUCUAUAAUCAAUGUUAUUACCUGGCCUGGAAAUUCAUUCUCAAGAGCUGUCAUGCCUACAAAACGGAUAUUCUUAGCUGCUACUCUUUUCCAAUUAACAACAACUGCAGUAAUUCGAAGUACAACAGGAAUAGAUCAGACUCUAAAAAACGAGCCUUCUGGAAACGACACUCGUCAUGA